ACAUCAAAACAAUAUAGUUAUUGUAUAGUAAUAGUUUUCUGUUGGUUUAUGAUUGAGGUAUGCAUUUUGGCUUUACCCUUUAAUGACAAGGCCAGAAAUAGUGAGAAAUAUACAUUCUAACUUGAUAACAAGAGGUCAUAAGAGAUGUGUAGGGACUUAUCAAGGAGGGGAAAUGGAUGGACCUGGUGAGAGUAAAUUACCUGGCUCACAGUGUGUAAAAUGAAUCCAAACGUGUGGAACAUAAAGGAAAUCCUAAGCCUCCCAACCGGAACUUGUGUAACUAAGAGUCUAAGUAGGAAUGGGGCUACCAGUGACUACUCCAGUAUAUCAGACUCACAGUUUCUGUUCGGAUCUCAAUUCUGGCCUGAAAACUCACAGGGCACGUCUCAGGAGAUACUGUUUUCAUCUAGAGCCUCCCAACAAAGUUCACAGGAGGCAAGUGAUCCAAAAAUCUCAAUCAACUAUCAAACAAAACCAUUCCUACUUGAGAGAGACUGCAAGGACAAAAUCAGAGUACCAAAUUUCCCUACUGGAAAGGUUUUUAGCAUUCUGGAUAGAUUCGAAGAGGACAAGAAAAAGGCAAAAGAAAAAAGGGAAAGUGAUAUCCUUGCCACAGAAUGUCUUCAGUUUCGGGAAAACCUUGAAAAUAUGAAGUGCUCACUUGCUGGCAUUGAAGAAAAUACAACCAUGGGCAGAACAGUCUUAUUGGAAGAAUUAAAAAAUGGGACAAAGACAUUGCAAAAAAAUAUUUCCAGUCUGCAGGAUGGUAUUGCAUCGCUUGAGGAAAAAGUAGCCAAGACUGGAGUGGUCACCACAAAACUACACUCCAAUGUGGAUAACUUGCAGAAGAACCUGGAGGCCUUGAGACAAGCGCAAGGCAGAGACCAAAACAUGCUUGAAGAGGCCCUAUCCCUACUAGGCACCUUGGUUUCCAAGCUUUCAAAGCCAACCCCUGUCAAGGUGACCAACAGUAUGGUCCAGACAUCGCCAAGUCUGGUUGAGAGGCCAUUUGAGCUUGAGCAGAGUAGACAGCCUGACUACAGCAAGCAUGACUUCACCCAGCCUAACAACAGUCAGCCGGCAGUUCCCUCCAAAGGCCCUUGCGGCAGGAGCAUCACAGCUGGCCAUAGAUUCACUCAGAGAGGCCGCAGGAAGCAGCCUCUCGGGAACAGAAGGCCAACAUUGCUACCACCACAGACCAGGAGCAGGGGCAGAGGAUGUGAUGAAAACAGCCAACUACCAACAGAAAGAAUUAUAGAGGAAUUUGUUAAAUCACCUGUCAAAGAGCAGGAUGUCAGUCUCAAGCCAAAACCUUUGAAACAACAUAAUAGGGAGACCAAAACUAACAAAGGCAAGGAAGGCUUCCUCAAUCCUUUCACCUGGUCCCAGGAUAGUAACAGCUCUCUGUGCAUCAAAGGGAGUGAGAAUCUUGCAUGGGAACAGUUGCCAGCUGAUCCCACAACUGAGGUCACAGGGAGAGCCAGGGGCUUCUGGCAGCUGUUUGACAUAAGUUGUGAUUCUGACUAAUGUGGUGAGUGAUGGUCAUGCCCAAUCCAUUAACCCAUGGGGUUUGUUUAACUUUACAAAAUAAAUGGCAAAAUUGUUAUAACUUGCUGUAAUAAACCACUGUUCAUUAAAUUCUCACUUCAGUUUUAUUGAGUGUGAAUGAAUGAAUAUUUGACUUUGUUAGUCUAUAUAUUAUUUAAAUGUUAUAUAGUGUUAUUAAGUGUUAUACAAUUAUUUUUGUGCAGCAAAUUGUUUGGGCGAUGACAGAAAUGUAUAAA